AAGAAAGAAUGGAUAGAGCUACAGGAAACUGGCUGAUAUUCUUCAUGUUCAAGAUCCUAAAUUGCUGCCUCUUUGUAGUGGGUGUAGGAGUCUUUGCAAUCUCUAUCUGGCUAUUUGCAUUGACAAAGCAUUUCAAUAUGUUCAAUUGUAGCUUCAUUCUGAUAGCAAUUGCGAUUUGUUGUCUAUCAGUUUGGUCAUGGCAGAUGAAAAAAUCUCCUUAUACUUUAUGACUCUAUUUAGUGAUUGUCUUUUCUCUCUUUAUUGUUGAGUUCUUACUCACAAUUGCAUUACUAGUCAAUAGAGCUGAUAUUGUGGAUUGGGCUGUCAGUAACUCUGAUGAAGACACACAAGAUGGAAUCCAAGAAUUAGAGAAAUUGAUGAACAGCAAUAUUAAGAUGACCUCAUACGUUCUACUCGGUACAAGCUUACUGACCCUUGCUAUUUUUCAGAUCGGCUGGUGGUACAGGACAACUUUGAUUCUAAGAGCAAUGGGAAUAAAAUAUAAGAGAUUGUCAGACAUGGGAUCAGAGCUUGAACUAAACUCAAAAUUCUAAAUACCCAAAAAGUAUGGAAUGAGAUUCAACAUAUGUA